CCUCCAGCUCGCGCUGCCACGUGAGGCGCGCGCACGUGGGCGAGCGCGUGGACAGUGCCGUGUACAGUGCGGUGUGAUUUUGACGGUGCGUGCAGUCGGCGUCUUCGAGAGAGGAAGAGAGAAGUGAGAAUCUCCCUACUGUGGUCGGCUCAGCUGGCCACUGACGGAUUCCCCAGGCCAGCACCAUGCCGGGGCUGCUGGGCGUGGCGACGCUGCGAGCGGCACCUCGUCUCGGUGGCGGGGUUCGUGCCGCUCUGGGGGGCUCUCCCCCCUGGGGGUGCAAUCUCCCCCGACGAGGUCACACGGCUUCCUGCCUGGUGUACGCGGAGCACGGGGAACCGGCCAAAGUUGUGAAGAUGGAGGAGCAGCUGCUGCCCCCCGUUGGCGAGAGGGAGGUGCUGAUCCGCAUGCUCGCUGCUCCCAUUAACCCCGCCGACAUCAACAUGCUGCAGGGGAAGUACGGGAUCCAGCCCCCGUUGCCGGCCAUCGGGGGGAACGAGGGUGUGGGGCAGGUGGAGGAGGUGGGGUCAAAAGUCACGAAGGUCAAACCAGGCGAUUGGGUCCUCCCGGUGGGCUCAGUGUUUGGCACGUGGAGGACGGCUGGCGUGUGCUCCGAGGAUGCCAUGGUGACGGUGCCACGUGACCUGCCGCUGCUGUCCGCCGCCACCAUUCACGUGAACCCGGCAACGGCGUACUGCAUGCUGCACGACUUCACUCCGCUAAAACCAGGCGAUGUGGUGAUCCAGAAUGGGGCGAACAGCGCGGUGGGGCAGGCGGUGAUCCAGAUCGCGGCCUCCAUGGGCGUAAGAACGGUUAACAUCGUCCGAGACAGGCCGGAGCUGGGGAAAUUGGUGGAGAAGCUGAAGGCGAUGGGCGCAGACUUCGUUCUCACUGAGGAGGAGCUCAGGAAGGUGGAGGCCAAGGAGCUGUGGAAGAAGCUCCCCAAGCCUCGACUUGCGUUCAACUGCGUCGGAGGGAAGAGCGCCACGGAGCUUCUUCGCAAUAUCGAGCGAUCUGGCACCAUGGUGACGUAUGGAGGGAUGUCGAGGCAGCCCGUCAUCAUCCCCACGAGUGCGCUCAUCUUUAAUGACAUCAAGGUGCUGGGAUUCUGGAUGACCCAAUGGAAACGGCAUUAUGCUCAGGACGGUGAGCGGCAGGCACGCAUGCUGUCGGAGCUCUGCAGCCUGGCACGCGUGGGGAAGCUGACCGCCCCCAUGUGUAACGAGGUCCCUUUCCACGACUUUCAAGUUGCUCUAGAGGCCGCGGUGAAGCCCUUUCUGUCAGAGAAACAGAUCCUGGUCAUGUGACCCCUCCCCAAAACAUAUGCCGCCCCUUUCACACGCCAAGUUGCCAAGACGCGGCUGAAGGUUUUCCCAGCCAGUUUCUAAGUCACAUUGAGGUCAUAGUGUCGCCCUGCUUGAUCAAGCAACAGUGCAGACCUGAACCAGUUAAAAAUGUCACAUUUCCAUGUUAGAGCCAGUCUAUUCAUGAUAUUGCAGUGGAAUAAAUGUUAUGGACCCCGAAUAAAUCGUGAGUAAGGGUGAUCUAUAUGCAGAGCCACCUGGCCCAAAUACAGAAAUUAGUCCAGGGCGAAAAUGGGAAAUGAACUUGAGCCCUGCUAAACUGUUUGAAGUUGUACGUCGUUAACGUGGCUAGGUGACUUGGUGAGUUCGUGAAGUACAUGUCGGAGAGCUGGGCUGACACUGCAGAGACGCCGAGUUGAAAUCCAGGAUUCAGCCAUCCACGUAUAAACCAGGUUCUCAGGUGUAGCCAGUUGAUGGUCUCCACGCAGUCACCAGUACAUUUACAAACAGCACUUUUGUCAGUCCACUUUUGGAUGAGGACCCCCUCAUUUGAUCAUACUUUACCACACCGAUUUGGUUUCCAAAUCGUAGUAAUCUUGAUUCUUUGUUUAAACAUUUGGGUUUGACUGCCAUGUGACGAUAAUUUGUAUAACACGGCACGUGGAAAAGUGCAAUAUGCCUUGGUGUGUGGAUGAGGGUAAUGUGAAUGAAUUUCAGCAGUACUGUAAUAUCUACGUCCACGGGCCGUUCUCUGAAUGAACCCUUUUUCAUAACGAUGCCGAUUGCACACGUAAUUUUAUAUUUUGCCAUGCAACACUCCACAUGGCAACCACUGAGUGUGGGUAAGCCCCUAUAGACCUGAGAACAGACACAUUAGUGAUGUCAUCUUGUUUAGAAUCACUCCCUGACUUAAUGUGAAGCUACGCCCGCUCAUUGUGAGAGUUGCAAAUGGAAAUAUAUUCGUUGUAUAGCAUUCCAGUUUAUCAAUGCCAUAAUUAUAAUGCAGUAAAAAAUUAUUAAUGAUACAAACAACAGAAAUUGUACACUGUCUUGAUGUGCCAUAAGUCACACUGGCGUAAAUUGUUUUUGAUACAAUAAACAUAAGAUAUACUUCCACAGUACAGUGGUUAGCACACUGGACUAUGAAUAAUGGGUGAUACAUAAUUUACAUAUAAAUAGCAAAAUUCACAAA